ACAAAAAGGAAAGUAGACCAAAAAAUGGGAAUAAACCUUUAGAAUAAAUGAGUACAUCUACCUCAAGAAGAAACCAAACCCCAAUGGUUUUAUGGACUUUUGAAUAAGGAGUUCGGCUGUACUCUGUCAGGACACUAACAUAAAACACAUUUGUUUUGGAAUCCCAGGAAUUUGGGAAUGCAUAUUAUUUUAACACUUUAAGAUGGAUCUUAUCUUACGUACUUAUAUUUUAAUAUUUUGAUACACAAAGAAACAUCUACAUUUGGAAUCAAAUUCACUGGAAUAUUACAAGUACCACUUGGAGUUAAAAUCUGAAGAUUUCUUAUUUAAGAAGUGUUUAUACCUGAAAGCCGUCAUGCUUAAACAAAUACUAGCUGAUAUGUACAUUGACCCAGAACUCCUGGUUGAACUUAGUGAAGAACAGAAACAGAUCUUGUUCUUUAAGAUGAGGGAAGAACAAAUAAGAAGAUGGAAAGAGAGAGAGGAAAAAUAUGAACAGAAUGAAAAAUCACAGAAAAGUCAUAAGCCAAAAGAAGGUUCUCAGAAAACUGUACAUUGGAAUAUAGGCAAAGAUCAAGAAGUUUGGGUCUGGGUAAUGGGGGAACAUUCAUCAGACAAACCAUAUGAUGUCAUCUGUGAUGAAAUUAUCGGAGAACGUGCACGAGAGCAAGCAGAGAAAGAAGCUGAGGAAAGAAGGAAAGUACAAGAGGAAGUGUUUUCUAAACUUUCAGGGGCCUUGUCACUGCAUACACAAAAUGAAACAGUGGAGGCUCAAAAUGUCGAAAACAAGAUAACUGCCAAAGAAGAAGCCACAAAAACAGAUCAGAACAUACUAAAUGAGGAAAAUAAGUCCAUCACAGAAACACCAAAAACAAGAUCUAUUCAAGAUAUACUGCGGGCAUCUACUACAAGACACUCUAAAAACUUUGGGGUACAGCAGCAAGAAUCUGUUGUACUGAAGACUCAAGAAAAAGAAAUUCAGAAAUUAGAAGAAAGGACUCAAGAAAUUUACAUGAAUUGGAAAGAAGCUCAAGAGGUCAAGCAAAAACUUGAAAAGGAAGACUCUGAAUGGCAAGAAACCUUGAAAAAGUCAAAGGCAGCUGAUGAGAGACGGCGAUCUAUGGCUAAGCAGGCUCGAGAUGACUACAAGAGAUUGUCAAUGCAGGCCAUUGAAAGAGGUUCUGUGGCAGAAAGAGCCAAAAAUUUUGGGGGAGAAAUGAAACGACCCCCUCUACCACCAAAGCCAAAACAAUUUUCAACAGUGAAUAACAACUCUGGAAUAUGCAGAUCAGAAAGGAGACAGGGUAUAAGAAGACUAAACUCCAGCAGCACUCAUGAGAAUAUAAUCAAAUGGUUUAAAGAAGAACAGCUUCCUCUAGGGGCAGGUUUAGACAGCUCUGGAACCUGCAUGGCACCUUGGUUUCAUGGUAUCAUAUCGAGACUUGAAUCAGAGAAUUUAUUAAAGAACCAUGUAUCGGGAAGUUUUCUGCUUCGUGUAAGUGAAAAAAUCCAAGGGUACGUCCUGACCUACCGUUCUGAAGAUGGAUACAUGCACUUUCUUAUAGAUGCUUCUGCCACAUCAUAUGGCUUUUUGGGAGUAGAUCAGCUUCAGCAUGCAUCUCUGGCUGACCUUGUUGAGUAUCACAAGGCAGAGCCCAUAACAUCACUGGGCAAGGAGCUUCUACUGUACCCUUGUGGCCAGAGCAAGAAUAGUUGUGAUUAUAGUGACCUCAUCGACUGAAGAGCUGGACAUUCCUCCAGUGAUUCACUGCCGGGAGAACAAAUGGACUGUUUUAUACACCUUGUUAUUUUUUACAGAUUUUUACUAGGAACAAUCCACCAGGUUAUGGCUUAUUGUACAAUAGUUGUUCAUAUAGAUAUCCCCAGCUCACCUGGGAAAUAUGUUAGAAUCAGCUUGCAGUUCUGCUGAGAAAAGUGUACAUAGAAUUUGAAGAUGGGUUUGGAUGGGAUCUGGACUGUUAAUUUAAAAUAAAUGCAAAAAAAAAAAAAAAUCUGAAACAAGUUUUAUGUAUGUUAGCUGCUAUUCAUUGUUAUGUUUAGGCAGUUUAAU